AUACCUACUAUAAACAUGAAAGUCUUUGUAGUAUUUGCAUUAGCGUUAGCUUGCGUUUCGGCAGCUUCUAUACCAGAAACUCCUGUUUCUCUUAAGGACGUAACAGGUGUUAAUGGUAAUGAAGGUCGUAUAACUAAUGGAAUUGCUGCCUAUGCUGGUCAAUUUCCUUACCAGGCUGGCUUAUCACUAAGAAGUCAAUCUGGAUCAUUUUGGUGCGGAGGUUCAUUAAUCGGCAAUUCAUGGGUGUUGACUGCUGCUCAUUGCACUGAUGGAGUGGAAUCUGUAACAGUAUAUUUGGGAAGCACUGUUCGUACUGUUGCCAAAGUGGCUUUGACCGUUAGCGCUAGCUCCAUUAUUCAACAUGCUGAAUAUAACCAAUACACUUUUGCCAAUGAUUUGUCUUUAAUCAAAAUUCCUGAAGUUGCCUAUACCGCUGAAAUCCAACCUAUUAGCUUACCAGCUAUUUCUAAUGCAUACUCAACCUAUGUUGGCAGUUAUGCCACCGCUUCCGGUUGGGGACGUACCUCUGAUAAUGGAGCAGUUGUAUCGUCAUUGAAUUAUGCCCAGCUUUUAGUUAUCACAAAUGAAGUGUGCGCUCAAUUUUAUGGUAACUCGCUAGUUACGGCCAAUACAAUUUGUGUUGCGACAACUGGCGGUACAUCCACUUGCCAAGGUGAUUCCGGUGGUCCAUUAGUUUUGGACUAUGUGCUUAUUGGUGUAACAUCGUUUGUACCUUCUUCUGGCUGCCAAAAUGGGAAUCCAUCUGGAUUUGUCCGUGUAACCAGUUACUUGAACUGGAUUCAGUAUUAUACUGGUAUAUCCUACUAAUUAACUUUUAAAACUCUGCAUUUUGAACAAAUUAUGAAUUUUAAAAUAUCCUAGAAUGAAAAUAUGAUUUGAAUAUGAAUAAAUACUAAUUUAUCAUGUA